CGCACACGUCAAAGCGCCGGAAUUAUACUUUAUUUCUAGGUCCGCUACAAUUGUAAGUUUUACGGUUGUCAACAGGUACAAAAGGACUUUGACCUGCAUCAAAACCUGAGGUCGAGAUUAUUGUGUUUCCUGCGUGCCCCACAUUUCGGGACAACAAUCGGACAAGUGUGUACUCCGUACCAAAUAUUAUGCAUACGUCACUUGUCAUCAGAGUCCCUUAUAAAAACUGCCGCAUCGAGCAGAUCGGUCAGUACCAGGCCAGGUGUUCUCUUGUUCUUGCAAGGUCUUUCUGAAACAUUUGCAAACUGUCGUAUAGAGCCAGCAUGCAGGCAACAAUGGUCAACUUUCUGGAGCUGUUACCGGUUGUCUUGGUGUCCAUCGUCAUUGCGACUUUCAUCACGCGAGAAUCGCACAAUGGCGGACUGAGAUGGAUGGACUCCAACCAUAAGGGACGAUUUGCAAUGACGGGCCCGGAAGGUUCUGAAGAAGAUGGUCAGCGAUCGCAAGAAAAGCCAGGCAACGUCUCAACAGAUGGAGAUUUGGUUCUUGUUGUUACCAUCAACAUAACCAAGGGCCGAGAGACUGGUUUUACGGUGUCGAGUGCACCCGACAGGGACGCUCUCGAGGCCGAGUCAACAGGUGGUUUGAAUGCCUACGAAGCUACCACAAUUCAAGCUCGAGAACAAACCGUGCUCUGCCAUAGUGACACACACCGGUGGACUGGCUUGUUGGGGACUGUCUUCAACAGUAUCAUAACCCCCAUAGUUUGGAAGCCAUGUUGUAGCCUUUUCCAUCUGGGGUUCAUUUCUCUUAAGAUAGGCUUUUGUUGCGCUUAUUUGUUUGUAAUAUCUGCGGUGAUUCUCUUGUGCAUUUCCACCGCAUUCCGGGAGUCGAAACUGUCAAACAAGCUUAUCCAGAACUAUUUCCUCCCCACUAUCACUGGAAUGUUAGUGUAUUUGCUCGGUGUUCUCGUCCUAUAUGCAAUCCUUCCUGUAACCUGUAUGUCCCUGGUAGUGGUAUACAGAUCGAUAACCAACUGGUUUCCAAAAAUGAGGCUAACGUCCGAAGAGACGAUCGCGCGGUGUACCGUAGAGCUGCCCCUGAGGGUCCUGUCGCUGGCCCUGGCUCAAACCAUGAAGAAGAGAACACCAGCACACUUCGUAAAUGUUAACCCUCAGUACCAGCAGCAGCAUCUUCACUUCCGCCGGAAUAGAAGAUGUGGAUAGGAAAAUACUAAGAGCUGCAUGUACUUUUGAGGAAGUCGUAUUGGACGUUACUUGUAUAAAAUGUACACAUGCAGAGUAGAUAGUUUGACCAUCUGGUGUGUUUUCAAUAUACGACACUGGGUUACGUGUUACUAGGGUUAAUGCUGUUAGAAAAUGUAAUGUCGAUAUGUGUCUUUGGCUCUGUGUAAACAUUAGCUUAUUCUAGUUGUAUCAUAUUCCGAUCAGUUUUGUAUUUAAUAGUCAAGUUUUGCUUGCUUUCAGUAAGAAAUAUUUGUUAUACUUUUCAAUUUAUAUUGCCUAGGCUUAAAGUAAGUGUCUAUGUGUUUGUCAUAUUCUAGUGUCGACAAUUGCUAAUUGUCACUCACGCAGACGAUGUCAAAAUAAACAUCAUUUUUGCCAUUUUA